GGGGCUGGGCCGGGCGGCCGGCCCCAUGGACCUGCUGGUGACCGUCCGAAAACUCGCCUCCGUCUGUACCAUGGGCGCCAAUGCCUCUGCUUUGGAAAAAGAGAUUGGUCCUGAACAGUUUCCUGUGAAUGAACAUUACUUUGGCUUGGUUAAUUUUGGGAAUACCUGCUACUGCAAUUCAGUCCUACAGGCACUUUAUUUUUGUCGUCCGUUUCGGGAAAAAGUUUUGGCGUACAAGGUCCAGCCUCGGAAGAAGGAGAGCCUUCUCACGUGCCUCUCUGACCUCUUCAACAGCAUUGCCACUCAGAAGAAGAAAGUGGGUGUCAUACCACCCAAAAAGUUUAUCUCCCGACUGAGGAAAGAAAAUGAGUUGUUUGACAAUUACAUGCAGCAAGAUGCACACGAGUUCCUCAACUACCUAUUGAACACUAUUGCCGACCUCUUGCAAGAAGAGAAGAAGCAAGAGAAGCAGAACGGCAGACUCCAGAACGGAAGCACCGAGUGUGAGGAAAGUGACAAGACAGAAUCGACGUGGGUCCAUGAUAUCUUCCAAGGAACACUAACCAAUGAGACCAGAUGUCUCAAUUGUGAAUCUGUGAGUAGCAAAGACGAGGACUUUCUGGAUCUUUCUGUCGAUGUGGAACAAAAUACUUCCAUCACACACUGCUUGAGGGGGUUCAGUAACACUGAAACUCUAUGCAGCGAAUACAAAUACUACUGUGAGCAGUGUCGCAGUAAACAGGAAGCACAGAAGAGAAUGAGAGUGAAGAAAUUGCCCAUGAUUCUAGCUCUGCACUUAAAAAGGUUCAAGUACAUGGACCAAUUGCACCGAUAUACCAAACUCUCCUACCGCGUGGUAUUUCCUUUGGAACUGCGGCUCUUCAACACGUCUGGAGAUGCCACCAACCCCGACCGAAUGUACGACCUCGUGGCGGUGGUGGUUCACUGCGGCAGCGGGCCAAACCGAGGCCAUUAUAUCACCAUUGUGAAGAGCCAUGGGUUCUGGUUGCUGUUUGAUGACGACAUCGUAGAGAAAAUCGAUGCCCAAGCGAUCGAAGAGUUUUACGGACUAACAUCAGACAUUUCCAAAAACUCAGAAUCCGGGUAUAUCCUCUUUUACCAGUCAAGGGACUGAAAUGGAACCAAUUAACUCUAAUUUAAAAAGGAAAGCAAAGCCCUCCUCCACUCUCUCUGCCCCUCCCUCCCUCCACCCUCCUCCCGGCCCCCAAGACACCAACGACGAAAGAAGAAGAAAGAGGGAUCACGGUGGCGUCCCAUCAGGAUGUUGAGAGCCAUCAGCCAAGGACAGUCUUCCACGGGCGACCCAGCGGAAGGAGGAAGAAGUUUCCUCUCUCCAGCCAAGCUCAGAUUGAUGCCUGCCAUAGCGAGAUGAUUGUGUCUGCUCCUCUCUUCUUCCUGGUCUGUUUGUUCACCAACUGCUCCCCUCCAGAAUCCUCCUCCCUUUCUACCUGAUACCCAACUUCUUAUUCCAAAAGGAAAGGUUUCCCUGAGCGGCCCUGAACAAUCUCCUUCGCCAUCUAAGAUCUGCCCAAGACGUUCUGUGGAUUUUUCCCUGGCUUUUCUGUAUUUUAACAGAAUGAUUUCAAUAUCCUUUGUCAGCCGAAGACAUAUUUUAAGAUGUGAGUAGCAGCCAGUUGCUGGAUAUUUUUGGUGACUAAGGCAUGCGGAGCAGUAUAAUUCUAAGACACGUUGGAAAUGUCAAGCCUGUAAUUUUUUUUUGUAAGAACAAAAUCACUCCGCGCAGAAUUAUAAAUUCUCCAGAAUCUCCUCAGACUUGAAUAACACAAAAGCGCCACUCUUUUGGUAUUCAUUGUUAUUGUCACAUCCCUUUCCCUCCUGGAAGUUGUAACUUUUUUUUUUAUAUGCCACUUAGUCUAUUGUACUGAUAUUUUUAUUUUUAGCAAAAGCGUUUGAGUCAGAGCUACCGGCCUGCAGAUCCAGUUGGGCACAGCAGUGGAUGUGUUUCUAAAAAAUACCCGUCUGGCGAUCAGCUAGUGGGGUAGAGAGUCUACUGCUGAGUCACAGGGAAACGCAAAAUGCCCCUCGGGAAGUUUGACCUGAUCCAGACCCAGACCACCCCGUUUGCCAAGGUAAAUGAAAUAAGGGUCUUUUUCUCAAAUAGGUCCAGAUAUUUUUCGUCCACCUCUUGGGAGGAACAAGCAUCUUUGGAGGAGGAGGAGAAAUAGAAGUGCAGAAUGCCAAACCUUCUAACCUUCCCCCUUUGACAUUCUAGUUUGACGUCCUACACUGUCCCACAAACAGUCAGGGAGUCUCCCUUGCUGCCAAGGGCCCGGUUCACCAGUGGUGAGGGGAAGGAAGUAGUUUGGUCUGUUCAGGACUGGAUGGAGUCGGCGUGAAAACGAACCAAGAAUGGGAAGGGAAUUCACCGAAAAUCUCCAUGAAACCAUCCAAAUUCAUCUCUCGGUGGGCCGGCGGUUAGAACCAAUGGCUCAGAGCUGGGUUUUGAAGAGAGUCAUUUUUUUUUUCCUUGGCUUGCCUCACCUCAUUAGCUAAUGGGCUGCUCUUGUUCUUGUGACAGGCUACCCUGUUAGUGCCGAUCCACAAAAGCAUGUUAACUUUUGCAAUUCUCUGGUUUGCACAGGAUCCCUAGCAUCCCAGUGCCCUUAUGAAGACAGUGAGUCGUCUCCUCCUUCCCCUUGCAGUACUUUAGGGUGGCUGAACCCCCAGACCCGCUCUUCCAUUCCACAAGCUGUCGAUCCUCUCCUAGUUUCUCAAGCAGAAAUAGACCCACGGUCCCAUCCUCAGACUGACACUGACCCCCUUUCCCAUCUGAAGGAUAAAAGAAAAAAAAUUUCACAGCGCAGACCAUUGUUUCCUGCGACUUGAUUAUUUACAACACGUUUGUUUCCAGAGUCUGAGUUAAGGUCAUUCUCUCCCCACCCGCCCCAAAUCAGCCAUCCCCGGAGAACAAGACCCUCGGUAGCAACUCCCCUGCCUUGGCUCCCACGCCCGUGCGGGGCCCACGAAAUGGCACCGAUCACCUCCGUGUGUCCCUCCUUUCUGCCCGCAGCAAAGAGACCACUGAGUCUAAAGCUCACGUUCUAGGGACAUCCCGUCGGACGCCCUCGAUGUGGAUUUUGAAAACCGGGCCAGGAACGUUUUUGCAAACAAGAUACCCGGUUGGAGAGAGAAAUUGUUGAAAGAUGUAUACUAUAAAUAAAGUUUGUUAAAAGU